AGUAGUGGUCAGCAGGUGACUGUCGGUACGGUCGGUCAGCUACACACUACAGCGAUUGUGCGUAUUUUCCUGUUUGUGUUGACAACCUGUACACAACAGGCGGUUAGUGAUCACAUAUGGCUCUCCGGAGGUGUUGGAGGUUUGCGGGUGUUGCCCCCCGGCUCUUCUGGAGGAGUCCCGUCCUUUCUGGGGUUUCUGUUCCGGGAGGUCAAAGCUUUGUGUCCAACCUUGUCAACAGUCAGUUCAGAUGUUCAGAGUUGCCGGUUCGUAGGUUUAGUUCAGCGCCUUCGAGCACAGAUGUGAGUUAUGAGGAGCUGAAGCAGAUCCUGGCCGGACGCAAAGCAGUGGUUAUAGAUGUCAGAGAACCAUGGGAGCUCCGGGAGUUCGGAUUCAUCCCCGGAUCCAUUAAUGUUCCCUUGGGAAAUGUGAGCACUGCCCUCCAGCUUCCUCCAGAAGAUUUUGAGGAAAAGUACGGCGGCGGAAUGCCCCGUCACACGGAUCACAUAGUUUUCACUUGCCUGGCAGGAAUCAGAAGCAAGACAGCACUGGACACAGCCACUUCACUGGGAUACAAAGGUGUUCAGCAUUACCCUGGCGGAUGGCAAGACUGGGUGAAAAACGAACAAAAUAAUUGACGCAAGGACAUGGGAACAGAAGAGCAAGAUGAAUGCACACGUUUGUAGUUACCAGACACCCAGCUGUGAACCCAGAGUACAUAAGUUGGGAUCUUGUAAAGGAUUUUUAACAAGUUAAUCCACUUUUCUGUAUUAUGAGUGAUUUUACUUGCUUUUCCUCAUAUGAAUCCCAAAGACUGAUUCUCUACCACUCAUGGACAGUGUUGUUCAUGUACGUAUCAAUCUGCUGCAGUAUUACUUGAAGUCAUUUGUAAAUUUGUUUAACUUACACAACUAUUAAAAACCCUUUACAACCUCAUGACAGUAUAGUUAUAUAACCAGUGAAAAUUCUCAACCUUAAUGGAAACUGUAGUACUAAAUUUCACUGUAUUAUGUUCAGACUUUAUCUAUGCAAAUGACUUUAAAACUGUGUAUUAUUCUGAGGAUACAAGGUCUUAACAUUGCAUAUAAGAACAGUUUAUUGUACAUAAUGAAAAAGCUUCUUGCCUACAUAUGCAAUGCAGUUGUGGCCAAUACUGUUUAAUUAAUAAAAUUAUAGUUUUAACUAAGCAUGA